AUGUGCUUUGUGGUUCAGAAGACAUCUGAGCCCUUUUAUACAGGAGGGAAAGUUCAGCCAGGACCCGUCCUCGAUUCUCAUGCAGUUCGAAUGGGCUGUUCGAGUGGUUCUCAACCGGUUCUUUGCCCAGAUUUCAUCCACGCCAAGCGGCUUUCCGUUCUUCAUGCUAGCCAUAGCUUGUUGAACUUUCUCCAUAUUGAGGCUGUUCUCCGAGUAGCAUCUGCGUCCGCCGUGGGUGGGUUUCAGAGCGCCUCAAAAUGUUCCUUCCACCUACCGCUGUUCAACCGCUACCGGGUUCCACAAUUCGGCCGAAACUAUCAUAGUCGAUCAGCAUUUGCAAGCACGCAAUACCAGUCUGACUGUCAGCUCCCUGUGACGGAUGGGUAA